UUCUUAUGUGUACGCAUUCAAACCAAUAAUUACACGUUAAUUAUUCCUAAUUGAUUGCUCUCCUUCAUGAUUAAGCCCCACUAUACAUAAUCGCGUUCCUUUUGAGAGAAAACAGAGCUAUCACAAAUCAUCAAUAUGCAUGGCUCCUAAUUCGGGGAUGAAUCUUCGUCUACUUGUUCUUCUCCUUCUGGUCUUGGGCUUGCUCAAUAUGAAAAAUGUUGCUGGAUACGGUCAUCCAUUCUUCCCAAAGUCCUAUUCCACGUUGAGCCUCAAGCGGAGCAGCUUCCCUCCGGGUUUCAUCUUUGGGGUGGCCUCCUCUUCCUACCAGUAUGAGGGUGCAGCGAAUGAAGAUGGAAGAGGCCCCAGCAUUUGGGACUAUUUCACCCAUACAUACCCAGAAAAAAUAGCAGAUAGAAGUAAUGGAGAUGAUGCAGUUAACCAAUACCACAAAUAUAAGGAAGAUGUGGGUAUAAUGAAAGACAUAGGUUUUGAUGCUUAUAAAAUGUCAAUCUCAUGGCCUCGAAUAUUACCUAAUGGAAAACUAAGUGGAGGUGUCAACCAUGAAGGAAUACAAUAUUACAACCACCUUAUCGAUGAGCUCCUAGCCAAUGGAAUCGAACCCUACGUCACUUUAUUUCAUUGGGACCUUCCUCAAACUUUAGAUGAUGAGUACGGCGGUUUCCUGAGUCCUCGCGUCGUUGACGAUUAUCGAGAUUUUGUGGAUGUUUGCUUCGAGGAGUUCGGUGAUCGGGUGAAGCACUGGAUAACAAUAAAUGAGCCAUGGACCUACAGUUAUGGUGGCUAUGCUAUUGGAGAUUGUGCGCCGGGCCGGUGUUCUGCUUGGCAACAGCUGAACUGCACCGGCGGGGAUUCAGGCACGGAGCCGUACUUAGUUGCGCACCAUCUACUUCUUGCUCAUGCAGCAGCUGUUAAGCUGUACAAAGAAAACUAUCAGGCAUCUCAAAAUGGAUCGAUCGGGAUCACGCUGACGACCCAAUGGUUUGAGCCUUACUCAGAUUCAGUAAAUGACCGUAACGCUGCUCUACGAGCCUUCGAUUUUGUGCUUGGCUGGUUCAUGGAUCCGCUAAUAAACGGCGACUACCCAUAUAGCAUGCGAUCUCUUGUCGGGAGGAGACUUCCAAGGUUCACAAAUGAACAGUCUAUAAUGGUGAAGGAUUCAUUUGACUUCAUUGGAAUGAACUACUACACAGCUAAUUAUGCACAAGAUGCACCUCGAAUUUUAAUCCCGAGCUACACAACCGAUUCUUGUGUCUAUCUUACAACGGAGCGCUACGGAGUCCCUAUUGGUCCUCCGACCGCAAUGAGUGGGUUGUUUGUUUAUCCUGAGGGAAUCUGGAAACUCAUCAUGUACAUAAAGAAUAAGUAUGGCAAUCCACUCAUUUUCAUAACCGAAAACGGAUUGGCUGAGUCCAACAAUUCAACGCUGCCGCUUGAGCAACAACUAUAUGAUCCCAUGAGGAUAAAAUUUCAUUAUAGCCAUCUCUCAUACCUUUUGAAAGCGAUCAAGGAAGGCGCCAAUGUAAAGGGCUACUUUGCAUGGUCGUUCCUGGACGACUUCGAGUGGUACAAUGGUUAUACGAUCCGAUUCGGUGUCAACUAUGUAGAUUACCAGAAUGAACUUAAAAGAUAUCCAAAGUACUCGACCUUCUGGUUCAAGAGCUUUCUCGAAAGAAGUAGCAUGUGGAAAUAAUACCAAUGUAACGACAAUUUCCAUGGUUCUCUGGCUAUUUGGUCGAAAUAGUAAAUAUAAUGAUGAGAGUUUUCCUAAUCAGCACUUUUUUAUUAGUGUAUGAUGAAUUCAAGGAUGAUAUAAGGAGCAAUUUCAAUGCGUGGUCUUGUUUUUCUUUAGAAUAGACAAGUUAUUUAUUGAA